AUGCAAGAUCACCGCUGGGGUGCUGGUACCACGGGCAGGACUUGCAGCGCUGUCGCGCCGUUAGCUCUAGACAAGGAUGAAGGGGAGCAGAGUGUCAUCCUCAGUAACACCUUCAUGGACAAACGCAAGCUGACUAUUGCCAAAGUUCUCGACAACGCCAGCGAUCAAAUCAAGUUGGUGCAUAACCACCUCCUCAUCAACCCUGCCGAAGCCGUACUGAGCCGGGAUCAGCCGGGCUAUCAAGAUCUCCGUCGCCGCAUCCGCUUGGCAAUUUUUGAGUCGCUCAUCCAUGAGCCAUCCACCUACUCAACGCUCUAUGUCUUCACAGACGCACAAACGGCCAACGAAGCAGGAACAGCUGUAUGUCAGGAGUAUAAGGACUGUGCCGAAAGACGAGGUUGCGAAUUUGUCCCCAUUACGCUAGAUUGCGACGAACAGACCAACUUGAGCCGACUGAUUGAAGGUGGCCGACAGGCGGAAGGGAAGUUGAUUGACACUAAGCUUUUGAAAAUGUUCCGGGCUGGCGAAGACCUGUACGACUUUGAGGGACACCCACAUCGAUUACGGGUCGACGUGUCUCAUUUAUCGCCUCAAGUAGCGGCGAGCAAGAUUCUUGCCCAUGUUGCAUCUGUUUGUCCAGAUGACACUCGCGGCCUUGUUACUACGGCAUAG